AUGGUGGAUAAAAAGUGCUCUAAAAACUUUCCAAAACAAUUCAGUAAUCAUUCGUCUGUUGAUCAGAAUGGUUUUCUGUUAUAUAGGCGAAGAAACGAUGGUCAUUUUGUAGAAAAAUCAGGUGUUAGGUUGGAUAAUAGAAAUGUUGUUCCAUACAACAAAUAUCUAUUGAAAAGAUAUCAGACACAUAUUAAUAUUAAAUGGUGCAAUCAGGGAUCUUCUAUAAAGUAUUUGUUUAAAUACAUAAAUAAGGGUCCUGAUAGAGCUACAGUUGUUGUUGUACCAACCAACAAUGAAUGUGAAAAUAAUGAUGCGGUCGAUGAAAUAGCUGAAUAUUACGAUUGUAGAUAUUUAUCAGCAUGUGAAGCAUUAUGGCGAAUUUUUAAAUAUUAUGUUCAUUGCAGAUAUCCUUCUGUUGUCAGACUACCUUUUCAUCUUCCUAAUCAACAGCAGAUUGUAUAUGGCGAAGACGAUGAUAUUCCUGAUGUUCUUGACAAACCUUCUGUUGCGGCUUCAAAGUUCACAGCUUGGAUGGAGUGUAAUGCAAUCGACAGUAAAGCACAAAAACUCACAUAUGUUGAAUUCCCUACAAAGUUUGUUUGGAUAUUAAAUGGUCGGUUUUGGAAGCGAAGGAAAGUAGGAAAAGCCAUCGGUAGAAUUCAUUCUGUUUCACCUAAACUAGGUGAAGCAUAUUUCUUAAGGAUUCUUUUAAAUAAAGUAAAAGGACCAACAUCAUUUGAUGAAAUUCGCAUGGUAAAUGGUCAAACACAUUCUUCUUUUAGAGAUGCUUGUUAUGCACUCGGGCUAUUAGAUGAUGACAAGGAAUACAUUGAUGCAAUUAAAGAAACAAGUCAUUCUAGUAUGUCUAAACCAGAGGUCGUUUGGGAAAAUACAUGGGAAUAUUUGGCAGAUGGAAUUCUAUAUAGCCAACGACAAAGAUUUAAGUCUGCAGAAUUGUCACUCGGAGUCGAUGAAUUUAAGAACUUAACUUUGUUCGAAAUACAACAAAUUUUACUUCGAAACAACUCUACUCUCAAAAACUUCAAAAACAUGUCAUACCCAGAUGUUGAAUCCGUUUCUUCUUCAAACAAUCGACUUAUCACCGAGGAGCUAGAUUACGACAUUCCCGUUAUAAAGAAUGACUAUGAUCGUAUGUUUCUUGCAUUAACAAAUGAGCAACGUAACAUUUUCCUAAACAUCAUGAGUGCUAUGCAAGAAAAUAAAGGAGGUGUCUUCUUUGUUUAUGGUUAUGGUGGAACGGGUAAAACUUUUUUUAUGGAAAACAAUAUCUACAGCAAUUAG